CCACAGAAUUCGACAUUGGUUUUGUUUUGUAUUUAUUUUUAAAAAAUUUUUUUAAAUUUAAUACGAGUGUAGUGGUUGUUAUAUUUUACGAGCAAUUUUGAAUCUUCCUUCUAAUGUUGACAAUGAGAUCAGAGAAUUUAAAGUUAUUGGAAUUAAUUUUUGGUAAUCCAUAACCUGUGAAGCAAAUAGUAAUCUUAUUAAAAAUGCAUGUAUAUUGUCUAAUACUAGUGAAAAACUUUUAGAUUUUUGUGGUGGCAGCCAAUUGCGAUAUAUCUACUUCUCAAAUGGAACUAUUGGGACGUAAAGAAGGGACUGUUGGGAAUGAAAAUUUUUCUUACUAUUAUAUUCAUCAUUUAGGAAAUAUAUUAUUAUCAUUAAAGACUAAUACAGGGGAUGCUGAUAUGUAUGUUUCGGAGACAAACAUGAUACCAACCUAUGAUCCAGAUACAUACGAUUUGCAUUCGGCUACUUGUGGCCAAGAUGUAAUAGAAAUUUCCAGCAAUUUCAAGAGUCCAAUAUCAGUUGGAAUAUUUGGACAUUCUGCCUAUGACGAGAGCAGUUAUACUUUAGAAAUUUUUAAGAAUCCCAUGGAGGAUGGUGAACAAGUCAGUUCUUUUUUAAUAAUUGAAGAAGGAAAUAAAGAAGGUGUACCUGAAAUAAAAGUUAUCCCCAAAGAUGAUAAAGGAAAGUUAUCGAUUAAGUCAAAAACCAAAAAGAAAUUGCAAAAUGUUUCUGCAAAAGUGAGUGGAAUAUUUUCCCUCUUUGAAAUUAUUGAAUUGAUAUUUUUAUAGAUUAAAUUGUUACUUAAAAGUGUUACGUUUUAUAUAUUUAAAUAAAUAAAAUCCAUUUUU